AUGGAGCGUAGGAUUCAAACCUUCGAUGACUGGAGCUCGCAUCCCCCCUUCCGCCAGCCACCGCCGCGUUUGCCCCCUAGCGGCCCCCGCGUAUCCGCUCCGCCGUCCCUCACUCUGCGCAUCCGCCUCCGCGCGGAGGUGCGCGUGCGGCCGGGGGACGGCGGAGUGAGCCUGGGGGAGAGUCUGGGGGAAGGCGCGCUGGUGGUGGAGGGGGUGGAGGUGGGGGAAACAUGGGCGCACGCGCUGCUUGCGCCAGAGAAAGGCUGCCUACUGGUCGCAUCUGAGCUGUUACACGGUUACAAGUUCUUUGAACGCUCGGUCAUUCUGCUUCUCUCUGUGGGUACCAGCAUCGAGGACGGUCCAUACGGCAUCGCCCUGAACAAACCCUACCGAAGCAGAGUGCAGGAGGUGGACGGGAUGGACCCGAGCCUGUCGAGCACGUUCGGGCCGUGCCGCGUGCACCUGGGCGGGCCAAUCGGGUGGCGAAGCGUGCUGCUGGUGCAUGGGAUUUCAGGAUUGGGCGGACACACGGAAAUCGCCCCUGGAGCGUUUGUGGGAGGGGGCCUGCAGGGGCUGCAGACGGCGCUAAGAGCGGUUAAGACUGGGAAAGCUGCAGCGGAGGAUUUUCAGUUUGUGGUGGGAUAUUCGGGAUGGGGAGGGGAGCAGCUGAUGAGAGAGGUGGAGCAGGGGUGGUGGUAUGUGGCGGCUUGCAGCAGUGAUUUGUUGCUGAAGGCGGCUGGGCGGGCAGCAGGGGGUGGGAAGAGGGCAGGGGAGGAGGGGAGGGGAGAGGACUUGUGGCAGGAGGUGUUGACUCUUAUGGGGGGUGACUAUGCUGAAGUGGGGAGGAGAUACAGGGAUUGA